GAAACGUAGUGCUCCAAGCUGCCCGGCUCGUGACGCGUGCGGAGAACUGGGACCGCGCAGCCUGAGGCGGUCCAGGGUCUCGGGAAUCCAAGCGUGAGCCGUUCUUUCCCCCGAAUUUGAGCAGCUCCAACCGGCGGUGGGCUGCAAUGCCGAACUUCAGUUUGUAGGGGAGCCGAAGGGGUUAAAACAGACGACUCCCUCCACACACACCUCCCCAUCCACCCACCCGGCUGCCUCCUUCACCCGUCCGGCCCGCCAGCCAUGGGCGGCAGAGAUCACCUGUUCAAAGUGCUGGUGGUGGGGGACGCCGCGGUGGGCAAGACGUCGCUCGUGCAGCGGUACUCGCAGGACAGCUUCAGCAAACACUACAAGUCCACGGUGGGAGUGGAUUUUGCUCUGAAGGUUCUCCAGUGGUCUGACUCCGAGAUGGUGCGGCUCCAGCUGUGGGAUAUUGCAGGGCAGGAGCGUUUCACCUCCAUGACUCGACUGUACUAUCGGGAUGCGUCAGCCUGCGUUAUUAUGUUUGACGUUACCAACGCCACGACCUUCAGCAAUAGCCAGAGAUGGAAACAGGACUUGGACAGCAAGCUCACCCUGCCUAACGGAGAGCCAGUGCCCUGCCUGCUCUUGGCCAACAAAUGUGACCUGUCCCCUUGGGCAGUGAGCAGAGACCAGGUUGACCGGUUCAGUAAAGAGAAUGGUUUCACAGGCUGGACAGAAACAUCAGUCAAGGAGAACAAAAAUAUUAAUGAGGCCAUGAGAGUCCUCAUUGAGAAGAUGAUGAGCAAUUCCAGAGAAGAUAUGUCUUUAUCCACCCAAGGGGACUAUAUCAAUCUACAGACCAAGCCCGCCUCCAGCUGGGCCUGCUGCUAAUAGCGUCUGGCUUGUUUUCCUUCCUAUGUUUCCAUCUCUUCCCUUCAGAUGCCCACCCAGCAAUCUUGUUAAGCACAUUUGAACUGUCUCCUGCAAGCUGUCCAGAAGGAGAACCAUCGUCACUAGGGAAAGACCUGGGACUCGUGUGUGUUUCUGCAUGUGUCCGCCAGCUCCUGUUUGCUGCUGGCUCCCGGGGCUCAGUACCUUCCGUGUAAAGAUCACCUCAUCCCUCAAUUUGUGAUCUAGGGUUUUGUGGGGAGCACUAGAGAUCAGCACCUGUGGUUUAAGGAUCCUAAUUCCCACCUGUUUUUGCAUUUCUUUUUCCAUUUGAUGUAUGUGGGUAUCUCAGUCUUCUCUGACUUCAGAUUUCGAGGAAAAUGAGAACAAAGGGCAUUUUCCAAAUUCAGUGUAGUUAUUGCUUUCAGAUUCUUUCUGUCUUGGACUUUGAAUUGAAACCUCUUGAUUCCGAGACAGGCAAGGAGUGGGGCUGGAUAUCCGUGGGUCCUGGGUCACAGGAGGUAACCCAAAAGUCACACCAUUGUUGAAGCAUCUAAAGUCUUUGGCUUGUCUUUCUCUUGUCUUGGCUUCAAGAAUAGUCAAGCUUUUAAACUGUCUGUGGUGUGUGAUGAGAGCCUUUCUUUCCCCCAAAGAAACAAUUGUCCCAUUAGGGUUUUCUAGUAUCUCCCUACCAGUGGGGUGGGAGCAGGGUUCACAAGGUUUCAGGGUUGAUGUCUUGAUGCCUAAGGCUGCAGGUGACAUUGCUGGGCAGUGCUGCCCUGAAAUAGAUCUGUUCUUUACAGCCCUGGGAGUCUGAAUGGAAGAGGGAGAGGUUAACAGGACAAAAUCCUGCAGGGCCACUUCCUUCUGAGCACGUUGGUGCCUACCACUUACCAGCCAUAGGAAACGCAUUUUAUGUGCAGACCUUUGCCUGAGUGGGGAGAGUAGACAGACAGAAAAUCAUUAAGCAAUUUAAGUGCUAAAUCGGGUAGGGUUUUUAGUAUCAAAUCACUUCUAGACAGCUUCAUUUGUUGAAUUCUCACAGAAUGGUGAUUUAUAACCCACCCAAAGUUAUGAAUAUUCUUCGUGAACUCAGAGUCCUAGAGUUCUUUGAAAGACACUUAUUUUAAAUACAUUGUCCUAAAUAAGUGGUUCCCGAAUCAGACUAUCAGAACCACCUGGGAAGUUUGUUCAAAUUUUUAAAAAAUCAAAUGUGUACAUUUUAAGAUUUCUGGGUCCAAAACUCAAGCCUACUGAAUCAAAAUUUCCAGGGGCAUGGUGUGGGAAUAUAACUGUGGUUGUUUUUCAAACCUACCCGGGUCAUUUGACCAGCCUGAUUUGGAAGACAUUGCUGGAGAAUUUAGGAAAGAUGCAGAGACCCAGGCAUUCCUUGUGUUAAUGACCCUGGGUUUCCCUCUGCUCUCUUUGCUCUCCAGGUGAUUCUGAUACACCCCAGACUUUGGAAACUACUCUCCUAAGCAAAUGAUCAGAAGCGAAAUAUGAGAAGGAAAAUAGGAGCCAGGCCUUCAGUGGUUGGUUGGUUGGUCUGUUUUUAAUGCCAGUUACUUUUUUUUUUUUUUUUAAGAUUUUAUUUAUUAUUUGACAGAGGGAACACAAGCAGGGGGAGUGGGAAAGGGAGAGAGAGAAACAGGCUUCCCACUGAGCAGGGAGCCUGAUGCAGGGCUCGAUUCCAGGACCCUGGGAUCAUGACCCGAGCUGAAGGCAGACACUCAACGACUGAGCCACCCAGGCGCCCCAGUUACUAACUUUUGCACAGUGUUUUAAGACCUUGAAGUUCUCUUUUGUAUUACCCUUUUCAAAUAGGUUUUUAUUACAAUGAUUCUGAAGAUAAGAGUGGAAUAGCAAAUUUCCUUUAUGUGAAAAGAAAAUUGAUUUUUAUUUACUGGUUUAAACCUCUGCAGAGUCACAAAUAAAGGUAAAAUAAGUCUUGUA